GUGUAUUAUUUGUGUUUAAAAUACCCUUUUUUUUUAAACUAGACAUAAUGAAGUAAAUUUGCAAACACAGUUUAGUUGUCAUGAUUUGGAAGCGUAUUCCUCGUAAUAGUUGGUGGUAGUCAUGUCAGAUUGUGCGCUGGUAGCCAGUGUAUGUGAACACGAUGCUAGCAUGGACGUGGGAAACGAUAAAUCCCUAUUCGAACCUCCUGCUAGUAUGAUGGUAAAUGACUACGAAGACGACGAGAGAACAUUAGACGAGGAAGAAGCUUUGGCGGCAGGUGAGCACCAGGACCCUAAAGCGGAACUUAAUAGUCUGCAACGGGAAGGUGAUAUGCCUCUAGAGGAAUUACUCGCUUUGUAUGGUUACAAUAGAAAUAUGGAUAAACCAAUCCCAGAACAACCACCAGAAGUGGUGCCAGAGGAGAGUGAGAAAACUGAAUCUGCUUUACAGCAGCUAUAUAGUGAGACUGCCAGUCCCGAAGCCACACGUUGCUUACGGUCGGGCUCUAGACCGCCCUCUGAAGAAGAAGAUGAUUAUGAUUACAGUCCUGACGAGGAUGAUUGGAAAAAGACAAUUAUGGUAGGUAGUGAUUACCAAGCAGGUAUACCAGAAGGUUUAUGUAGUUAUGACGAUGCCCUGCCUUAUGAAAACGAAGAUAAAUUAUUGUGGAACCCUAGUGUUCUAGAUGAAAAAGUAAUUGAGGAAUACAUGCGGACAAUUUGUGCUAUGAAUUCUACCACAGGUAUUGAUGCAUUGCCCAAAGGCAAGCAACUUAGGGACGAUGAGGAAGCACUCUUCCUGUUACAACAAUGCGGGCAUAAUAUAGAGGAGGCAUUGAGAAGACGGAGAAUUUCUGCUCAAACACCAGCACAUGCUAGUGUUUGGUCGGAGGAAGAGUGCAGAAACUUUGAAAAUGGAAUUAAAGUACACGGUAAAGAUUUCCACCUCAUUCGCCAACAAAAAGUACGUACAAGGUCUGUAGGCGAGUUAGUACAGUUCUACUAUAUUUGGAAAAAGACAGAGAGACAUGAUAUUUUUGCAAACAAGACUAGAUUAGAAAAGAAAAAGUACACCUUGCACCCCGGUCAUACAGAUUAUAUGGAUAGAUUCUUAGAGGAACAGGAGGCCACUGGGCCUAGUGUGGUAAGACCAGUGUCACCUUCACAAAUGAUGGUGUACGUGCCUUCACCGGCCACACAACCUGAUCCCUUAGCCUUAGGUGAAAAAGAGGUUUUUUCACAAAUGAAUGCUCACACAACACCACCAAGGACACAUUCUGCUGAUGAUCCUGAACCAGACUUGGUUUCCUAAUACAUGUAUAUUUGGCUAUGCCAUUAUAACAUGUUGUGUAGAAUGCACUGUUUAUGAUAAUAUAUCUACUGCAGUCUACUGAUCCCUUAUUCAUAGAUUCCUUUAUUAUCACAAUGCUAUCAUAAUAUUAAGAUUACAUUUUUGUGUUUUGUAUAACGACAGUACAAUGUAAAUAUUAAAU